AUGGUGUACGAUCUAUCCAGCGGCGGGAUGCAGCUGUGUGGGUGCGCAGUUGGGCGUCCGUGCACAUGCGGCUAUAGCGUUCGUCGAGUCGCCGAGGAAUCUGUGGUCGCUGUCCCCGACGAUGACAAGUGGAUCGAGGUCGCGCCGGGGGUGGUGUUGCGGUUGAGAAAGGAAUACGAGAACGUACCAGGCACACGCAACUUUCGACGCAUGCACCAGUACCGCAUGUCCUUGGCCGAUGCCAUCGCCGAAUACAGCGCUGCAAUUGCAGCCGCGAACGCCCACAAGAAGGUCGUGUCGCUCGAGCUGGUCGAAGUCGCUAGCCGCCGGAAACGGCUCGACGAAGGACGAUUCCCGCCUUCCGCUGGCGGGAAAGCGCUCUCGAAAAAGGAGCUCCAGGACGUUCAGCAAAUGAUGUCGGCAUAUUCGGACUUGACGACCCACUUGAAUGGCCGACCGCCUGGGUUUGUUGCGAGCACCAUUCCCGUCGCUGUCCACGUCCUUGGGCCCCACUUGGACCUCCUGCACGCCCAACUCUCGGCCACCAUUCAAAACGCGAAAGCGAACAUUCAGGGGUGCAAAGCAUUCGUGUAUGCCAUGGCUGCUACGCGAAUACAAGCAAUCGCCCGAGGACGGCAGCUGCGCAUUCUCCACGCGAGAACUCUCGUCACGAUGUGGUUUCGUGGCGAGUUUGCCGCUGCGGUGACAUUGCAAUGCUUUACGAGAAGAAAUCGAGCAAGGCAGUACGUGGCAGAACGCCGGCGGCGGCGCCACCAAUGCGUUUGCAAGAUCGCGUCCAUUCACGUGCAGCGCACGGUCCGUGGAUUCCUCGGGCGCAGAGCAGCCGCGGCAAAGCGAUUGUCGCUGCGCCAAGUGAAAGAAGCCAAAGCCGUCGUGACGUUGCUGUGCUGGGUGCGAUGCCUUGCCGCGUUUCGACAGGCCAAAGUCCAGAAGGACCUGCGCGACGCCGACCGGCGGCGCAUCCGACGACAGGAGGCGGCUGUGGACGUCCAACGAGUGUUUCGAGGCCACUGCGGCCGCGUCAAGGCACGGCAGAGGAAGAUCGAGAGCAACUUGAGCGAGCCUGUGCGCCAACUCGUCUCGGAGCUUCAAACGACGGGAGACCUCUGGGCGUUCGUGCAAGCUGUGGACAACGAGUACCGGCACUUUGACCGGGAGCGCCGGGACGAAGAAGAAAAUGCGUCGACGUUUGUAAACACGGUCCUUCGGGAACGCAUGCUGCACCAAGAGCGUUCGCUGUUGGCAUGGCAUGCAUCGCGGGCGAUGGCAUCGCCAGUCGUUGCUCACCAACGUCGCCUUGAUUCGGCCUACGAGUCGCCACUGCCGUCGGUGACGUCGUCGGCCUCGGUGAGCUCGCCGCAUGGGACGAUCAGCAACUCGAGCGGCAGCAUGAACAGCGGAGGGGUCGUCGCACCGCAUUCGCUCUUUGAGAUGGCGUCGGAGGAUGCGAUCCAUCUCCAUCAAAUAGCCCCCGAGACGAUCGAUCUCCCGGACAAAUACCCUCCGCACGUCAUUCGCCACGCGAUGGCUCAAGGCUACGCUGUUGAGGAGGUUGUCGCCGCGUUACGCGGACUCGAAGCCCAGGGUAAAACGACGCGCAAUGUCAAGUUGGUGCUGCGCGAACUGAAACGACGCACGCCCCUCAUGCUGAACGCGCUCAAAUCCGAGCGUGUGGUGCGGCAAUCGAGGCAAAAGAGCCCUCCAAAGCAUGUCCCUCCGCCGUCUGUCGUGCUAGACAGCGCUGCGUUGUCCCAUCCGCCGUCGAGCGAUGGCCUGGCCGUGGUCGACGAUAAAAUGGUCGCUACCUUCUUGGCGCAGAUGCUACCCGACGGAGUAAACGAACCCAUGGGAAAAGUGAUAUUUGCCGCCGCGAUGCUGGCAUUUGUGCCUCCCCUUGUGGAUGUGGAUGGCGCUUCCUCCGUGGUCCUUGCCGAUCCGUGGACAUCAUCGCCCAAUUCGCACUUUGCAGCGUACGUCAAGGCGCCGUCCGCGCUGCUGCAGAUUCGACGGGAGCAACUUGUCACGGCGGCAAUUGCGCCGUACGAGCAGGUGCUGAAGAAGAACGAGAUCGUUCAUGGAGGAGACUUGGAUCGGUACGCGAAUACACUGCGCCAACUCCAGACGUGGAAUGUCCCCGGCGGCCUCGCUCAGUGCAUUGUGUUGGUCCUCAAAAACUGCCGACGACGGCAGCACCACAUUGAUUCGCGCCACGUCCGCCGCCAACAGAGCGCUGCUACCGUCCCACCAAGUCGUGUCAAGUCGGCGGCGCGAGCGAUUGCUUCCCCGAUGACCAUGCGCAGCUCAACCGCCGACACCAUCCUGUACGAUUUGACGUCACGAGGGGCAACCCCCGCUUCGUCGCCCGACGACGACCCGCCAUCCCAUGGAAUGAGCGAGAUCCAGUGCCAGUUCCUCGACAUGAAAGCCCGCAUCGAAGCCACGGCAUUGACGCCGGUCGAAAUGGACAGUUCCCUCUUCGACUUGUUUUUCCAAGCGCUGUUCGUAGUCUUGCCGCUGGACGAAGCCACGACACAAACUCCAACGUCCGAGGCCAUGAAUCCCUGCCACUUGGACUCGUUCGUGUACCAACUGCUCGACCCGGCGCUCACCAUGCACGCCUCCCACCGACUCCUGAAGCGCCGCAGCCAACGGACGGCCACGAUGGCGCGCGCAUAUAGCAACGCUUUCAAAGCGGCCAACUGCCACUGUGUCAAGGACAUCGUGCAUCGGUCGCUCGACGCCUUUCACGUACCGGACGUGCUGGCGGAGCAAGUGCGCGCGUGCAUCGGCAAGGUGCUGUUUCCGGUAAGUCGAUACACGAUUCAGCAUUAUCGUCUACCUGGACACACUCGACGGACGGGCCAUUCGUAG